AUGGCGAUCCAGUUCGCCAUUUACACAUGCCCCCCCAUCGCGUCCGCCACCAGCUCCCCUGAUCCAUCAUCGGAGGAUUCAGGCUUUUGGUCCCCACUAUCUUGUACUCUCAUAUACACACCCGUCACUGCAGUGAUUGUGGAUUGUCCAGCCACUAUCGCUGCGACAACUGAGCUAGCGACAUGGAUUAAGUCAACGUUGCCGAAUGGCUGCACUUUGAAGCACUUCAUCAUUUCACACGCCCACGGUGACCAUUUCUUGGGAAUCCCAGUCUUGCAAAACACCUUCCCUGGCAUUACGGCCAUUGGCACCAAGACUGUCGUUGAAGGGGUUGCACAGCAAUAUUCACCACAUAUCUAUGACGGGCUUUGGAGGCAGACAUUCCCUACAACUGAGCCUGGCACUGGGGUGCCGUUGACAAAGGCUGAUUUCGUUUCUCUCCCAUCGUCCAACGAUCUUGAUCUAGAUGGACAUGCCCUCCAAUUAUUCGACGUUCCGCACGGAGAUACUCACGCCAAUUCGUUCGUCCAUGUGCCAGAGCUUGGUCUCGUUGUUGCAGGGGACAUUGUCUACAACGGAGAUUGCCAUCAAUGGCUAGGUGAGGCCUCUACGCAAGAGAAACGGAACCAAUGGAAUCAAGCGCUGUCGCAGAUUGCCGUCUUGAAGCCGAAAGUAAUUGUGCCAGGGCACACAUUCAUGCCUAUGUCGGAGCCCAAUGAGUUUUUGGCCGCUUCUAUGUUAAAUAGUACCAAGGAAUAUAUCAAGGGCUUUGAAGAAGAGCUUGGUAUGGCAGCGAGCGAAGAGGACCUAUUUAAAAGAAUGAAGGCCCGGUAUUCGAGGUGGAAUCUUAGCCUUCUUGAUGGUGGAUGUAAGGCUGGCAUCUUGGCUAAGCAAUCUUAGUUGAUGAUGAAUUAUCA